AUGGACGAAAGUGUUAGAAUGCAAAAUUUAACCGCGGAGACAUCGUCUUCGGAACUGCUCUCCGUUAGCCGAUUACCGCCGUCAACAUCCGUUGAAUUGCCUUGUGUAUCGUCGUUCACUGACAACUGUACAGUAAAAAUUUCUGAAAUUGUGCCUUGCGAUGAAAACAGUGAAUCAAAUACAGAUGAAGAUACAGAUCAGGUAUAG